GCUGAGUAGAGCGCGGAGAGGUCGGGCUGUAGUGUGGCUGUGCGUGUGACACUGAGCGGCAGCAGCAACACUACAGACUCGCACACUCACACGCACAACGAGAAGCCACGUAAGUUCAGCACCGCGGGAGAUGAUCAUGUCUUGCUGAAAGGGGACCGGCCCCGGCAGCCACCCCUUCUUUUCUUUUAACGUCUCUCCCUGUUACCUCUGCACCGAUCUGACGCUACAAGCUUCUCUUCUCUUGUUCCCGUCGCCGAAGGAAACGCUGUGGAUCUGUAUUCCAUUCAUCUCUGUCCAAGGGAAAGCUGCGUCUGUUUAGUCGCGCUCAUUCAUCUGCCGCCUUGUCCUUGCCUGAACUUUGUCUCUGUGUGCGACUGUCGCUGAUCUCAGGCACAUUCACCCCCUAACCAGUGAACUGUCCAUACACAAGCAUUACUGCUGCUCUCCCCUGUAACUCUGCUCAGCGACCCCUCCCGACCCCACCAAGAAACCGGGACUAUAGAAAUCCCUACAGAUCGCUGUGUGUUUCAGAGAGAAGCUCCAGACGCCAUCUACAGUUUAACCAGGGUUUGUUAUUGUUACAGCACAAUUUACCCCCCACAUUCCCUUUUCUAAACUAAGUGGCUUAGCUUGACCCCCCCCCCUCAUUACUCCCCAAAGAAUAAUAUUUUUCAUACCAGACCGAAUAUUUUUGGAAUACAGAAAGGAAAGGAAACCCUGCCUCUAUUUUUCAAGUUGAUACUUUGUUUCUUUUUUGCACACAAGCUUGGAGCGUGUGGUGACCCGGUUUCGUCGCUCUAGAACCGCUGUGUUCUAGAUCAUAGCACCUACUGUGGGUUGUGACUGCUCCUACACCGACCUCUGCCUUAUCCCUGUCUUUCUGCCUGAGCUUCCUCUGGAACCCCGACCCCCUCGUUUAUUCUUCCACUGCAUUUGCACAAUUACACACUCUCCUCUGUGUGUGUGAAGAUCCAUCGCUGACCAGCUCCAAGCACAACCUUGAGCGGAGGUUUUUUGGUGGGUCCCUUAUACCCAUGAACAUACAAAGGUCGAACCCCAUUACAAUCGCAAGGUAUGGGAGAUCGAGGAAUAAAAACCAGGAUUUCGAAGAGCUAUCGUCCAUAAGGUCCACAGAGCCCAGUCAGAGCUUCAGCCCAAACCUUGGCUCUCCAAGUCCCCCAGAGACUCCGAACUCGUCGCAUUGCGUUUCCUGCAUUGGGAAAUACUUAUUGUUGGAGCCUCUGGAGGGAAACCACGUUUUCCGAGCCCUUCAUCUGCACAGCGGAGAGGAGUUUCUGUGCAAGGUUUUCGAUAUUCGCUGCUACCAGGAGACGCUGGCACCUUGUUUUUGCCUACCUAUCCACCACAACAUUAACCAAAUAGCCGAAAUCAUCCUCGGAGAGAUUAAAGCUUAUGUGUUCUUCGAGCGCAGCCAUGGGGAUAUGCAUUCUUUUGUCCGUACCUGCAAAAAGCUGAAAGAGGAGGAAGCUGCCAGACUGUUUUAUCAGAUUGUAUCGGCUGUAGCUCAUUGCCACGAUGGCGGGGUCGUGCUGAGGGAUCUUAAGCUAAGGAAAUUUGUCUUUAACGAUGGAGAAAGGACGAAGGUGAAACUGGAAAGCUUGGAAGAUGCUUACGUCUUAGCUGGUAGCGAUGAUUCCCUUUCUGACAAACAUGGAUGCCCCGCAUAUGUAAGCCCAGAAAUCCUAAACACAAAUGGCAGCUACUCUGGCAAAGCUGCAGACGUAUGGAGUCUAGGAGUUAUGCUUUACACCAUGUUGGUUGGACGUUACCCAUUUCAUGACAUUGAGCCUAGUUCACUGUUCAGCAAAAUCCGUCGAGGGCAGUUUAACAUUCCAGAGACAUUAUCCCCCAAGGCAAAAUGUCUUAUACGUAGCAUUCUUCGCCGGGAGCCUUCAGAAAGGCUCACCUCCCAAGAAAUUUUGGACCAUCCUUGGUUUUCAACAGAUUUCAAUGCAUUGAAUUCAGGAUGUGGUGCUAAGGAAGUGUCCGAUCAACUGGUGCCUGAUGUCAAUAUGGAUGAGGAUACGGACCCUUUUUUUAACUGAGCACAAAACUGGUUUCUUUUUGGUACUUGAGCUGAACAUGGCCACAUGAAGGAGUCCUUCCUGACCGUAUUAUUCAAAAUCAGUCUUAGCCUGGUAACAUAUUUAAAAAAAACAAAAAAAAAAAUAAUCGCUCUGGGCUCCUUGGUUUUGAGAAGAAGUCUGAAAGGAACUGCCUGUUCACAUGUAGCAUUAAAGCUGCUAUAAAUUUAGUUUAUGGACAACCAUCAACGUGGAUCAUCUGUAGCUUCUCACCGCUUGGAGCCAAGGAGACUGCACAUAACCAAUCGUGGUGCAGCUUUGUCAUUCCUGUUAAUAAAAAUAAAAAAACAAUGUCAAUGUUUUGCCACGCACACCUUGGCAUCGCACUGUUACGAUAUUUUAGUCCGCCAUUGUUCAGGGAAGGUACAAUUGGCUUUUUAAAACAACAAAUACAAUUCUAAUGGUUCAAGGGAUACAUUUAAAGACAAGUGAGAUGCACUGACCGGAAAGAAAAAAAAAAAAGUGGGUGCUAAAGCAAGUCUAUAUUUUAUUUUUUAAAUAGCAAUUUUUCAACUUAAUUCGUUUUAAUUUCUCAAUGCUUCAUAUUCCUUUCAGGAAAUGGCAUUUUCAAGCUAUUGUUCCCUAAAGGGGACGUAACUCGUUUAACAAGCUGUUCUGUUUUCUGUUAAACGGUUGGCUUCAGGAAGCGAUAAUAAUUCGAACUUCCAGAUGGGCUACAGCUACGCUUAUGGAGAGAGACAAAAAAAAAAAUAUAUAUAUAUAUUACCAUUGGAAAAACAAACAGGGUUUGGAUGAACUGACUCUCACAAAUUGCCAUCUUGCACUUACAGCCAGUAGGGUGUUCUACAUAGAAAGCUGCAUUCAUAUUUUAAACAAUGGUUUCCAAAUUCUCUCCCGACUUCCUUUGUUGCAUUACUCACAGACAUGUUAUUAAGGGAGAAUUUUUUUUUUUUUUUUUUUUAAUCAUUAUUUUUUUUUCUUUCUUACCAUGUCAAAGGAAUGUGUUUAUAAGCUGACAACUAUUCAUAAAUUAUUUGACCCCCCCCCUCCUUCCAUCCUACGACAUCGCAUUAAAAUGUACCUUUUUAUAUAGUCGAGAAUACUAUCUAUUUAUUAUUUUUGAAGGAAAAUGUCACAGUAGUGAUGUAUUAAGCCAGUACUUCAAUUACGGGUUGACUUAAAAAUGACAUGUAACAUGCUGUACUUACCACUUUCUUAAUUUCCUGUGUGUAUCCUGGCACUUAACGUCCCUAGUUUAUUUUUUAUUUUAUUUAAGCUUGUUUUAAGUUAAACCGACAGCCCCUCCAACCCCUCACCACAACUAUACGCUCUAUAGUAAAAUAUCAGGCUAAAUAUUUGUGUUUCCAGUACCUCAGUUGUUCUGAUUAUACUGCUCGUAUGCGUUUUGUGAAUUGGUCCCGUUCUUGGGUAGGUACAUGUAGACUUCGUAAGUAUAUCAAUGUUACUUGAAUUUGUGCAUAAUUAUAGUAUGUGGCAUGUGCGUACCGCUAUUUGGCAUUUUUAAAUUGAAAGUUUGCCUGCCCUGUGGGAAAGUUUAAUUUUUUUAAGGAUGAUUUUUUUUUUUUUUUCUGAAAAAGACAAAGCUGCAGCUAACAGUGGUUUUAAUUUUGGUAACUAAAAGGAGUGUUUGAUUUUACACUCAAAAGAUGGUGCUGAGUCAAGAAGGAAUUUUUUUUCAAUUAAGUUUUAUCCCUUCCCCCCCCCCACCAAUUUGUUGUUUUUUGCUGCCCACCUUUUAUUUUUUUUAAUUAUCUCCCCCUCCCCCUUCAAGUACCUUGUAAGAGGAGCGACUGGUGAUUACAUGCAUGGUGGCCUAUUACUGCCUCUGGUGCUUUGAAUGUUAUGUAUUUGGUUUAAUGUUUUUGUCCAAAUCUCUCCAAUAAAAUUGUGCAUAUUUAACUACA